GAACUGCGUCCACUUGAAACCACAGAACAUGAGCCUAGACCUGAUGACAUAGAAGACACCAGUCAAGAACAGAAACCUAUAGACACUCGGGAAACAUUGCCUCCAAAGCAACCGGUACCCUCAACAGUCUCCAGCAAAGUGUUGGAAGUGCACAGAGAUUCUGUUCCCAAUCCCACAUAUUCACAGGUGUUGACAGGUGCAUAUCACAGUCAAACAACACCUGAAACACUGUCCAUGCCUGAAACACUGUCUACAGGAAUAAACAUAGACCUGACUGUCAAAACAGAAGGGAAAAUUCCUCGGGAUGAGAUUCCUAAUCUCCCUGCCUUGACCAGUGUUUCCAGAGAGAGCAGCUCAAGGCUCACAUAUCUGCAUGUGAUGAGAAAAUCACACUCUGACCAAACAGCAGAUGAAACCGUGAUAGGAUCAGCUCACAAACCAGAAGCUGUUACCGUAGUGCCAAUCAGCAAGGUAGAUGACUUCUCCACAACAAAAACUCCCAGAGCUGCAUACUCAACAGUAAUGACAACCAUUCACCUGACAGAAACAGUUAGUGAAACACCCACACAAUCAGUACCAGUAGCUGACAUUAUCGUACCAGAAUUGGAACAACAUCCUGUGCCAACUACUAAGCCUAGUCAAGUCUCAACAUCCUCCUUGCCAGCCAAAUCACCUACAAAGAGUAGUGCCAAACUGACUUAUUCUCAAACAAUUGGAUUAACUUUGUCUGAUCAGAGUCUAUCAAACAAAGCAGACCACCUGGAUGAACGUCUUGCACAGAAAGAUGAAUUGAUUUCUACUACUUCUGACAAAACAAAACCAGUAACUACUUCUGACAGAGAUCUGGAUCAACAUGUUGAAGAAACGAGUCCACCAGUUUCUACUGACCAGAUCGCUUCUUCCAUUGUGUCCAAAGUUUCUCCCACAGACACCACAAUCAGUCCAACAUACUCCAGAGUAAUGACAGAGCUUUACAAAGCUCACAUAACACUGGAAACCGAGACACCCUCACUGAAAGUGCACAAAGCAGUGAGGACAUAUCUGAACAUAGUGCCAAACCUAAGGACUCAGGAAUUAGUGCCAAACCUAGAGACUUAGAAGACAGUGCCAAACCUAUGGAUGCAGAACACAGUGCCAAACCUACAUACUAUCUGGUGAUGACAGGCUUUCUCAAAGAAGAUGAAGAAAAAGUUUUGAGACAUCCAGUGCCAACAACUUUCCUAAAAGCUGAUAAAGACAGCAGAGAAAUAUUGGAAGUUGCAGAGAGAGACGAUGAACAGACCAAAUUCCCUACUAAAAGUAGUGCCAAACCAACCUACUCUCAAACAAUCACAGACAUCUAUUUUGCUCAGAUAGUACCUGAAACAUCAGUCGAAGGAGUCAGCAAAGCUGCUGCAUCAACAGACCAGGAUCAGCACAUCACCGAGCCAAUUCUAUCUGCUGAUCUAAAGGAAAGUGCCCCUGUGGCCAGACUUCCAGCACAGUGGAGUACCUCCAAAUCCACCUACUCACAGGUGAUGUCAGAGGCUUUCUGGGAGAAAAUGCACAAGGAACCCUCACAACAACCAGACGUGACGUCUGACUCUAAGACUGAAGCUGAAGUUCCUAAACCUGCUCAGAUGCCUACACCUAAACCUCAUGCAGAAAGAAAUGUCAAACAUACAUACAGCCAGCUGAUGCAGAGUCUGCAUGAGGAUACAAGUUUAGCUGGAAUGCCUGAAACAACAAGUUCAGUGGUAGGCCAAGAGGAACAGACUAUACAGACAGACGUAACAGUGUCUACCCGUGAUCCUGUCCCUGUAGUCACCACAGCUCCAGAACUGGCUGUCAAGUCUUCUCACACAAAAGCUAUCAGGUCCUCCUGGUCACAGUACCUAGAAGUCAUGGUCAAGCCUCAUGCUUUCACUGUAUCUACCGAACCUUUACUUCUCACACCAACUUCAACUCAGCCAAUACAGACAGACAUGGACAGUGACACUGACACUGACAGAAAGGCAAAGGAAAUUAAGAGUGGGACUGAAAGUGCCAAAGAGGAUGGCUAUCAGCCAGAAAGUGCCAAACACACUGCACACAGUAUUGUCACAUCAUCUACAGAAGAACCUGGCAGGAAUGUAGAGCAAAGUAGAUCGCACAGAAAAAAGGCUGCCACUGCCUUCAAGCCACUGACACCCUCACACCCGCCUGCAGUCACCAACAUGCUGCCCACAGAUGACACAGCACAGCCUGCCUGUCUCUUACUAACACACUGGGAACAACUAACAUUCAUGCACAGGCAAACCUCUGUAACUCCAGAACACAAACACACACACAGGCCAUCGUCUGUAACUCCAGAAGACAAACACUACAGACACGAAAUUUUACAUACCUCCGUCUGCACAGAAUGUCACCAUUCUUCCCAGCCAAGUUAUGUAGAAGUGAUGAGACAUGCUUUUAAGCCUUCACCAAAGAAAUUACAGACCCAGCAGCCAGUUUGUUCCAAACUUUCUCUCCUAAACACAUUGUUGAAGACAGAUCCCUUAGAAGAAACAAAACAUAUAGUGGCCAGCUCAAAACUACUAGAAACAAGUCAUGUACAGAAUUUAGAGACAUCUAUGGGAGCAGGUAAUUGUCCUGUUGCAAAUCAACAAAGUUACACUGAUGUUAUGACUAGAGUAGGCCUGCCUGUCUCAACUGUCCAGAAGCAUGUAUCUGUUGAACAACACGUUCCAACAACUGUGCCAAUCCCACACCCAAACAUGCAUUCGCCAAAGGAAGCAGAGCCUGUAGUGAGCACUCCUAAGCCACCAAUACUGAAGUCAAAGGCAGCAAUAGAAGCAAGCCCAUGUCCUGCUACACAGCCCAAGUAUUUGGAACUGAUGACCAUGACAUGUAUGACAUGUAUGACACAUUUUGAAGAGGACAUUUCUGUCACACAACAAAGUGCAGCUCCACAGAUAGAACAUGUGCUGGGCACUCCUAAAAUGCCAGAAGUAAGUCAGAUAUUGGUCCAGGGGACUGGAGGGGAAAGGAGGCACACAGCUACACAGCCUAGUUAUUUAGAGCUGAUGACCAUGAUUUGUUUGAGUUUGCCAUCAACAAGUUUUCAAAAGGACCUUUCUGUUAAUCAACAGCCACUGACUGUUCCACCAACUUCCCCACAACUCUCUGUUGAAGGCUCAGAACAUGUUAUGAUCAGCUCUAAGUUAUCAAAAACAAGCAAUCUUCAGAAAGUAGAAAGUGCCCUAGGGACUGGUCAUUGUCCUUUCAUACGCCAAAGUUAUGCCAUAGUUAUGACAGAAGCCACAACUUCCAAGAAGGGUGUCUCUGGUAUACAGGUACCAAAAGCAGCACCAAGGACAGCACCAAGCACACAGGAGUCCUGCUCACCAGUCUGUGUCCUACAUUUGUUGACAUACACUUGUCCACUGAAGGAAGCAGAACAAAUGCUGGGCACUUCUGAACUGCCAGAAGGAAGUCAGAUAUUGGAGCAGGGGACCAAAGAAGAGAAUAAGCACACAGCUACACAGCCUAGUUAUAUAGAACUGAUGACCAUGAUGUGUUUGAGUUUGCCAUCAACAAGUUUCCAAAAGGACAUUUCUGUUAAACAACUGCCAGCAAGUAGACCACUGACUGUUCCACCAACCUCCCCACAACUCUCUUUCUACAGUGCUAUAACGCUUGCCCCUGCACCGAAGGAUUCAAGCAUUCCUGAAUUGUCAGAAACAAAUGUUCCAUUUGAGCCAGCAAUUGCAAUUAUACCUGGCUAUUGCUCUCCUUUUCAGCAUAGUUACACAGAACUGAUGCUAAAGGUCGUUCAACACAAGUUCACUCCUGUUACACACAUUCCACCAAGGACAGUACCCAGCACACAACUACAUGUGUCAUAUGCACAGUCCCAUAUCCUACAUGCAUUGACAUGCACAUGUCCCAUGGAGGAAAAGCUGACAGAACUAGGUCUUCAGUUGAAACAGAGACUAAAGCAGUAUUAUUUGGCAAAAGUCAUCUUACACAGGUUAGCUACUCAGAGGCUAUGAGAAGAGUAGGCAGGCCACCAAGUAUUAUCCAAAAAGAUGAGUCCACUAUACCAGAGCCACCAAAGACAGCAGUUCUACAGCUACAGCCAACAUCUCCACAGCAUUUGUUCAUCAAUGUUAUGACACUGACAUGUUCACUAAAAGAGUCAGGGCGUGUUACAGAGGUUAUGACAAGGGUUGGCCUUCCACCUAGCACCAUCCAAAAAGAUGAAUCUGCUAUACCAAAACUACCAAAGACAGUCCCACAGCCAACAUCCCCACAGUGUUUGUUCAUCAAUGUUAUAACAUCAACAUGUCCACUAAAAGAGUUGUGCCACCUUGUACAGGUUAGCCACUCACAAGUUAUGACAAUGGUAGACCUCCCACCCAGUACUGUCCAAAAAGAUGAGCCUGCUAUACCAACACCACCAAUGACAGCAUCAGUCCCACAGCCAACAUCUCCACAGCAUUCAUUCAUCAAUGCAAUAACACUGACUUGUCCACUAAAAAAAUUAGAUAAACUUAUACAGGUUACGGCAAGAACGGGCAUGUCAUCCAGUAUUGUCCAAAAAGAUGAAUCUGCUAUACCAGACCCACCGAAGACAGCACCAGUCCUACAGGCAACAUCCCCACAGCGUUUGUUCAACAAUGUUAUAACACUGACAUGUUCACUAAAAGAGCCUGGCCACCGUACAGAGGUUAGACACGCACAAGUCAUGACAAUGGUUGACCAGCCUCCCAGUAUUGUCCAAAGAGAUGAGUCCGCUGUCCCUGAACCACCAAAGACAGCACCAGUUUUACAGCCAACAUCACCACAGUGUUUGUUUAUCAAUGUAAUAACACAGACAUGUUCACCAAAGGAGUCAGGUCAUUUUACACAUGUUAUGACAAGGGUAACCUUUCCUCUUAUUAUUGUCCAAAGAGAUGAACCAGCUAUACCUGAUCUACCAAAGACAGCUCCAGUCCUACAGCCAGUAUCUCUACAGCACUCAUUCAUCAAUGUGAUGACACUGACAUGUUCACUAAAAGAGUCAGGCCACCUUGUACAGUUUAGCCACCCACAAGUUAUGACAAAGGUAGACCUCCCACCUAGCAUUGUCCAAACAGAUGAGCCUGCUAUACCAGAACCACCAAGGACAGCACCAGUUUUACAGCCAACAUCUCCACAGCAUUCAUUCAUCAAUGCAAUAACACUGACAUGUUCACUAAAGGAGUCAGAUCACCUUACACAGGUUAGUGAUCAACAGGUUAUGACCAAGUUUGUCCUGCCACCUACUAUUGUCCAAAGAGAUAAGUCUGCUGUACCAGUACAACCAAAGACGGCACCAGUCCUACAGCCACAGGAUUUGUUUAUCAAUACAAUAACAGUGACGUGUCCACUUAAAGAGCCAAGUCAUUUUAUACAAGUUAUGACAGUAGUAGGCCUGCCAUCUAGUAUUGUCCAAAGAGAUGAACCAGCUAUACCUGGAUCACGAAAGGCAUCACUAGUCCCACAACCAACAUCCCCACAGCAGUUGUUCAUCGAUGUUAUAACACUGACAUGUUCACUGAAAGAGUCAGGCCACCUUACACAGGUUAGCCAUCCACAAAUGACAAAGGAAGGCUUGCCAAGUGUUGUUCUACCAAAGACAGCACCAAUCCCACAGCCAACAUCUCCACAGCACUCAUUCUUCAAUGCAAUAACACUGACAUGUCCACUAAACGAGUCAGGUCACCUUACACAGGUUAUCCACCCAGAAAUGACAAAGGAAGGCUUGCCAGCAGUCAUGUCGAGGGUUGACCUCCCACCCAAGAUUGUACAAAUAGAUGAGUCUGCUGUUUCUGAACUACCAAAGACAGACCCAAUCCUAUAUUUAACAUCUCCACAGCAUUCAUUCAACAAUGUUAUGACACUGACAUGUCCACUAAAAGAGUCAGAGCAUGUUACAGAGGUUAUGACAAGGGUUAGUCUUCCACCUAGCACCAUCCCAAAAGAUGAAUCUGCUAUACCAGAACCACCAAAGACAGCACCAGUUUUACAGCCAACAUGCCCACAGCGUUUGUUCAUCAAUGUUAUAGCAUCAACAUGUCCAUCAAGAAUUAUGACAAUGGUAGACCUUUCACUCAGUAUUGUCCAAAAAGAUGAGCCUGCUGUACCAGAACCACCAAAGACGGAACCAGUUCUACAGCUAACAUCCCCACACUAUUCAUUCAUCUAUACAAUGACACUAACAUGUCCACUAAAAGAGUCAAAAAAUCUUGUACAAAUUACAACAAGGAUUGAUCUGCCUUCUAGCAUAGCCCAAAGAAAUAGAAAUUGCUG